CGUGUGACAUAAAGGGAGCUGCUUUUUCUUCUCUUCCUCCCCACUGCACUGAGCGCGUUUGAGACAGCCCUGUCGGUUUAAACCGGGAGGACACCCAUACCGAUUCUCAAUGCAAAAAAUAAAAGGGUAGCUAGAAGCAGGGGCGAGGGGAACGGAGGUAAAGCGAACGCUCUCGGUCGGUCUCUCUCUCUCGUUUUUAUUACAUGAAUUAAUUGAGUUGUAAGGGACACGUACAAGGAAACACGCCUCCGCCUGGACGACCAAACGCGUUUGAUAUUUGACUUGUGUUCAAUGGUACGUGUUUGCAUCUGUACAUUUUCGGAAAACCAGAGUAGGACGUCUCAUCCCGUCGUUUGAAACACUUCUGAAGGCGUAGCAGCUGAAAGUCCUCGCGGUGAACAUGGCAACUUUAACGAACGGACAGGUGGACGCCGCGGUGCACGGAGGAGCGGCCAGUACGAACGGGCUCGUGAACGGAAUAAGCCACACGCACAGUCCCGCGAGCUGCGCCACCAUUCCCAUGAAGGACCACGAUGCCAUCAAACUGUUCAUCGGACAGAUACCUCGCAACCUGGACGAGAAGGACCUCCGGCCGCUCUUCGAGGAAUUUGGCAAGAUCUACGAGCUCACCGUGCUGAAGGACCGCUUCACUGGCAUGCACAAAGGCUGUGCCUUCCUCACAUACUGUGCAAGAGAAUCAGCGCUAAAAGCUCAGAACGCGCUUCACGAGCAGAAGACGCUACCUGGGAUGAACAGGCCAAUCCAGGUGAAGCCAGCUGACAGUGAGAGCAGGGGAGACAGAAAACUCUUCGUUGGCAUGCUGAAUAAGCAGCAAUGUGAGGACGACGUGCGGCGCCUUUUUGAGUCCUUCGGGAGCAUUGAGGAGUGCACCAUCCUCAGAGGUCCUGACGGAAACAGCAAAGGUUGUGCGUUUGUGAAGUAUUCCACUCAUGCAGAAGCUCAGGCCGCUAUUAGUGCUUUACACGGCAGCCAAACCAUGCCUGGUGCUUCUUCCAGCCUGGUGGUGAAGUUUGCAGACACAGAUAAGGAACGGACCAUUCGACGUAUGCAGCAGAUGGCCGGUCAGAUGGGCAUCUUCAAUCCGAUGGCCCUGCAGUUUGGAGCGUACGGUGCCUAUGCACAGGUUCAGCAGCAGGCAGCGCUGAUGGCAUCAGUGGGUCAGGGAGGAUAUCUCAGCCCUAUGGCAGCUUUUGCUGCCGCACAGAUGCAACACAUGGCCACCAUCAAUGGCCUCCCAGGGGCUCCCAUGACCCCAACAUCAGGUGGAAGCACACCCCCUGGCAUCACGGCUCCCACGGUGACCAGCAUUCAAUCUCCAAUUAGUGUCAACGGUUUCACAGGGCUGCCUCCUCCUCAGGCCAAUGGCCAGGCCCCAGCGGAGGCAAUGUUUACCAAUGGAAUCCAUCCUUACCCAGUUUUGCAGGAAGUGGUGUUUAGGGAAGACUCGGAGAAGGGCGGCCUGGGCGUGGCACAGAGAAGUUGUUUUGGGGUUCAGGGAAGCUGCUUCCUGUCGUCUCUAUCAGAAGCUCAGAGUCCCACUGCAGCAGACCCCCUACAGCAGGCCUACGCCGGAGUCCAACAAUAUGCAGCCUUCCCCGCUGCAUAUGGACAGAUCAGCCAGGCCUUUCCCCAGCCGCCUCCCAUCAUCCCUCAGCAACAGAGAGAAGGGCCAGAGGGCUACCUGUUUAUUUAUCACCUCCCUCAGGAGUUUGGGGACGGCGAGCUGAUGCAGAUGUUCCUGCCUUUCGGUAAUGUCAUCUCCUCCAAAGUGUUUGUGGAUCGGGCGACAAACCAAAGUAAAUGCUUUGGCUUUGUGAGCUUUGAUAACCCGGGCAGUGCUCAGGCCGCCAUCCAGUCCAUGAACGGCUUUCAGAUCGGCAUGAAGAGACUGAAAGUGCAGCUGAAGAGGCCAAAGGACGCCAACCGCCCAUAUUAGCCCCGUCCCUCCCCCCAGCCACCCCUGACCCUGGGGGCGAAGGCCGCCGCUGCGCACAGGGAACGAUAGGUUUUGUAGAGCUGGAACACAUGUUGAUAACAUGCCAAAUGUAUUUGAAAAAACAACAGAUCAAGAUCAUCGGGGCUGGGGAUACAGUAGAGCUGAAGCAGGACAUGAGGAGGACGUAGCCGCGUGAUAUACCACCACCCCCACCACCAGGCUCAAUGGACCUUUUUGGACUUCAGUGUUUAACUCAGGGGAGCCGCGGUGUUACUGGACCAUACCGUACUCCCUUCUCCGAACCCCCGAGCCCUUAUUUUACAGGACCACAGGACACACUACUGAAGACCAACACAAAAAAUAUAUAUAUUUAAAAAAAGAAAAAGAAAAACAAUGUAAGCCCUCGAAAGGCUCCGAAUCUAUGAAUAAGUAGUAUGGAAAAAACACUUUUUAAAACUAAGAUAGACUUUUAGAUGGGAAUCAUGUAAUAUUGAACAUGUCUUUGGGAAAACUUUUUAAAGAACUGUUUUAGAAACCAACAAAACGGAUUAAAAAAAGAAGAAAAACUUGAAAGACAGAACUUUUUGGAAGGAUGAGAAUUCAGGACAAGAACUUGCUUCGAAUCGGGAUGGCCAACUUUUUUCAUGGAGUGCCUGUCCGUUUCCAGGGGCAACGGCUGCCACAAACCGCAGCCUCCGUCCGCUGGGAGACUUACCUGUCAUUCCUUAGUUGUGUAGGGACCAAAUGACCAAACCUUUUUAUCACAAAUGAAACAGAAAAAAAAAAGAAGAAAAAAAAAAGACUCGUACCUGUAACAUAAUUGGACCACUGCAUCUCUUGCUGUGCCAAUCGGUUUAAGAGUUGUAUUUAAAAAAAAAAGAAGAAGAUGAUACAGUAUAUGUAUAAAAAGACCAUAUAUGACUAUAUGCAUAAAUGCAUACAUAUAGAUUGCUGAUAUGCUUUUGAAUACUGGCAGAACUAUUUCCAAUGGCCCGCUGAGGCCGCUCACUUCGCUAGUUUACAAUUACUGCUCAAAAUGAAGAAUAUUUAUUUUUAUUUCUCUUCUAGUUUUCUCUGUGGUGAGAGAAAGGGUGCAUGGGAAGGGUUGUUCCAUAAUGCAGCCUUACCUUUUCUAAAUAUGUCCUGACCUUGUAGUUAAGAGACCAUCUUAAAGAGGUUUGAGAUAAACAAUCCUGUUUAUAUAUACCGUACAUACAAUAUGUAUAUGUAUAGCAGACAUUCAAGCAAUAUGUAUUCAUAUUUAUGCACCUGUACAGCAUAUAUAUGGAUACAUACGAUAUUAAUCCCAAAACCCAUAUAUGUAUUUAUAUGCAUAUAUUUUAUAUGUGUGUAUAUAUAGAAACCGGCUAUUCAAUAUGUAGAGCUGUAAUUUUUUUUUUAUUUUGUAGAUUUAAGCUGGAGUUUGAAACCACUGCUCUGCUUUGGACUUUUAACACUGGGAAGAAUCUCAAAUCGGCAGCUGCAAUCUGCAGGCAUUCCUCUCGAUCCGAUUUAACGUUCCUUAUCCGCCAACACACACACAAGGGUAGGAAAACGAAUUACGUUUGUGUAUAUAUGUGUAUAUGCUACUUACAAAUGCAAAAAGGCCUCCUCUCGUAAGAGAGUUUAAAGCGAAUCAGGAUCAUUAGGAAAUAGUACAGAAUGCGGACAUAUCUGCCUCCCGCCUCUGCAAACAUUCGCAAACAAACGACGUUUUCAUUCGAACCGAGCGCUGGCUUUAAAAAGGAACGCCUGGCGGUUUUUCUAACCUCGAGCGCCUUGUUCGCGCAUGCGCCGUCGAAUCGUCAGCAGUGCGUCCGUGCACCUGGCAGCACUGUGCUACGACACCGCUAGCAGCCAUUCAUUAUUAUUAUGAUGUCAAAACAACAGAAACACUCUUCUUCUUUACAAAAUAAUAACAAAAAAAUACUGAAACACAAAGACACCUACAGUAGUCAACAUUUGAGGUGGAUCAAAAAGGUUCAUCAAAGUUGUUCUAAGACAAGAACGCGUUUUAGGACAACUUUGAUGAACGAUUUUGCUCCACUACAAAAUCUUGACUACUGUACUAUAGCUACAGCUAACAGCAAAGCCUUCAAAUAUCUGUUGACAAACAUGACAAACCUGUGCAGCUUGACACCGCCAUUUACCGAUUUACACCCACUCGACCUUUUGCUUACGGUUACAAUGAAGUGGGCAUUAUGUACGUUUUGCACAAGUAUCGUCAAAAUCCGCAUCACAUUGCGUGUUUACAUGUGCUGCUUCAGCAUUCAGACGGACCCGAGGGGAGUUUUCCCGCGCGCGGGUGUUGAGAAUGGAACGCGAGUUUUUGAAUUUCUUGUUAUCGCAAAUUAAGGACUUUAACGAUUUUUAAUUAUGCUUUGCAACUGACCUAUUAUACAAGAUGGCACUAUUGUAAAUAUAUGAUAACUCCAGAGCUGGUUAAUUGUCUUUACCGAGGAGUAAAGCGUCUGUACAGUGGGGGGGAAAGCGGUAGUUAGUUCACCUCAUUUCGAAGGGGAAUUCAGUUCUGAAUCGACGCGUCUUCAGAAGGGUUCCGAGAAUGUUGUAUUUUGCCUUCUAAAUCUUUCCGACACAUGAUCAUUCAGGUAUUCCAGGAUCUUUUGCAAGGAUAUGCAUUCCGUCUGUUGGAUUUCAGUGUCACCUGUCUUUCUUUCCCUUUCGGUCUUUUGCAACGUCGUCUCUCGCGCUCAUCAUCUUCCUCCGUGUUUCAGCUGCAACUGUUUACAUAGCAAUCUGGAAAUGUAGAGUUGACAAAACCGACAAGACAGAACAGAAAUUUUAUUAUAAAUAUAUACAAGUAUAUACAUGAACUACUGACUAUACUGUAAAUGUUUUUUUUUCUCUCUCUCUCUCUCUUUUGCUCUGUUCCUCUGUAUAUAGGUUUGCAUAUUUUAUAGUCUUUUACUUCUAUCUAGGAGUAGGCCUACUGGUUGACUAAGAAAAUUUAAAGACAAAAAAUGAAACACUGAAUUAAAGCAGGUAAACUCUAGUCCUUAGAGAUGCAGUAUGGUUGUAAGGUAUUUAAUUAUGGAACAUAAGAAGAGCCAAUUAGAUUUGAUCUGAACAUUCACUUUCAGAACUGCUGCCAACAUGCUUAUUUAUUUGCCUAUUUAUGUGUUCAUUAGUUCAUUUUUUUUCAAAUGUCAUUUGUUAAAUUAUUUUUAUUCCAUUUUAAAAUACUAAUAUAUGUACUUCUAUCAUUUCAGCGGUUGUAAUGUUUACGUUUGUAACCACACACCAAAUAUCAUUUUGUCAUUUAAAUUAUGCUUUUUUAAAAAUAUAUUUUUACAUGUUUUUGUAUUGUGAGACACAAUGGAACAAUGCAACUGGCAGAAUCAGGGUAAUCCUUUAUGGAGAAUGUAGAACUCUUGAAGGACUGGUGUCAAAAGUUUUUGCUGCACCUCUUAGAACUGUCUGGUGUUUUCUUCUGUUCUGCGAUUCCAUGCAUAUGUCAGAACUCCGAUUUGCUUCACUGCUUUUUCAAACACACUGGGGGAAAAAAAAGAAAAAACUGCACUAAUCCAUCAGACUCUCAGCAACUCUGGUUUUAUAGCCAUUCUUCAUUAGCACUAACUGUCUUCAACUCAUCAGAAAAGUCAUAACUUGCAGAAACAAUGCAGUAAAAUUGCGUAAAAUAAAAAAGAAAAAAAAGAGAAAAAUACAAAAAAAAAAAAAAAAAAAAUUCAGACAUUUUGAGCACAGUUGAGCGUGCUGGGUGUAUAUGUGGAUUUUUGCCAAGCCUAUGACAAAGAGAUUGAGCUGUAUUAGCAGUCGGAGUGCUGCCGCAGCUUCUGCCCUGUUCUCAACUCCACGUUUCUCUGGUCCCUAGACUCUCUUUUGUAAUUUUACUGAAUGACGCGUUUCCGCUUAAGCCCAGUAAUAAAGCACAGUGUAGAAUAAAGCA